AUGCCUUUGGUCCAAGAUGCUCUUCCAAGGUUUUCUAUACCUCCUUCUUUCCCAGAUGCCACCAUCACCCUGGUGAACGGCCAGAACCGCUGUGAGGGUCGUGUCGAGAUUUCACACUCUGGGGGUCAAGGCACCGUCUGUGACGAUGACUGGGACCUGAAUGAUGCCCAGGUGGUGUGCAGGCAGCUGGGGUGUGGAGCUGCUGUUUCUGCAACAUCAAGUGCCUCCUUUGGACAAGGCAGUGGCAACAUCUACCUGGACAAUGUGAGCUGUACAGGGUCAGAGUCGUCCCUCUUCCAGUGCAGCCACAAUGGCUGGGGCAGCCACAACUGUGGCCAUGGUGAAGAUGCUGGUGUUGUGUGCUCAGGUAACACUGCUCCUUCUUUCCCAGAUGCCACCAUCACCCUGGUGAACGGCCAGAACCGCUGUGAGGGUCGUGUCGAGAUUUCACACUCUGGGGGUCAAGGCACCGUCUGUGACGAUGGCUGGGACCUGAAUGAUGCCCAGGUGGUGUGCAGGCAGCUGGGGUGUGGCCCUGCUGUUUCUGCAACAUCAAGUGCCUCCUUUGGACAAGGCAGUGGCAGCAUCAUCCUGGACGAUGUGAGCUGUACGGGGUCAGAGUUGUCCCUCUUCCAGUGCAGCCACAAUGGCUGGGGCAGCCACAACUGUGGCCACAGUGAAGAUGCUGGUGUUGUGUGCUCAGGUAACACUGAUUUGACUGACAUCACCCUGGUGAACGGCCAGAACCGCUGCGAGGGUCGUGUCGAGAUUUCACACUCUGGGGGUCAAGGCACCGUCUGUGAUGAUGGCUGGGACCUGAAUGAUGCCCAGGUGGUGUGCAGGCAGCUGGGGUGUGGAGCUGCUGUUUCUGCAACAUCAAGUGCCUCCUUUGGACAAGGCAGUGGCAACAUCUACCUGGACAAUGUGAGCUGUACAGGGUCAGAGUCGUCCCUCUUCCAGUGCAGCCACAAUGGCUGGGGCAGCCACAACUGUGGCCACGGUGAAGAUGCUGGUGUUGUGUGCUCAGGAAAAGCAGAUGCCAGCACCAUCACCCUGGUGAACGGCCAGAACCGCUGUGAGGGUCGUGUUGAGAUUUCACACUCUGGGGGCCAAGGCACCGUCUGUGAUGAUGGCUGGGACCUGAAUGAUGCCCAGGUGGUGUGCAGGCAGCUGGGGUGUGGAGCUGCUGUUUCUGCAACAUCAAGUGCCUCCUUUGGACAAGGCAGUGGCAACAUCUACCUGGACAAUGUGAGCUGUACAGGGUCAGAGUCGUCCCUCUUCCAGUGCAGCCACAAUGGCUGGGGUGUCCACAACUGUGGCCAUGGUGAAGAUGCUGGUGUUGUGUGCUCAGAAAUACCAAGGCUGGCUCCGUAUGUCCAGCUGGUGAACGGAAGGCACCCAUGUGAAGGUCGUGUUGAGAUCUAUUACAGAGGACAGUCGGGGACAGUUUGUGAUGACUUCUGGGACCUCGCAGAUGCCCAGGUUGUGUGCAGGCAGCUGGGAUGUGGCAAGGCCAUUGCAGCUAUAGGAAGUGCCUACUUUGGGCAAGGCUCGGGUCCCAUCGUGCUGGACAACGUGAGGUGCAGCGGAGAUGAGGUGUCCUUGCUGCGCUGCAAUCACACGGGAUGGAGGAUCCACAACUGUGAUCACUAUGAAGAUGCUUCUGUUGUCUGUUCAGAAGAGUCUGAUCUAACACCAACAGAUACAACAGCCUCAGAACUGGAGACAACCUCCAUAGAAGGGACAACAUUCACACAAUCAACAUCUCUGAGAGAGACAUCAGUGUCAGCAUCAACAGUCCUCCUGGAGGAGAAGGCAUCCCUGAGGGAGAUGGCCACAACUGAAUUAACAACCAACACAGGGGAGGUGACACCCCCACUGCAGACAGCCACCAUGGUGCCAUCAACCCCCAGAGAAGAGACACCCUUCCUACUGGAGAUUGCCACCACAGUGCCAAUGACAACCUUAGAGGUUACAACCAACACAAGGCUAAUAACCUCCCCAGGAGAGAUGUCCACUUCAUCAGAGUUGUCAAUGUCAUCCACUGCCCUACCACUGCCUGAUAUGAUCACCACAGUGAGAUCAGACACCACAGCAGAGGAGAGCAAAACAGUAAUGAGCUCCUUAGCAGGAACAUCCAGCCCAAUAUAUCCUUCCACCACAGCACCAUCCAGUGCCACACCAGAGGUGUCCACCUCAGCAGAGAUGUCCACAUCCACAAAGAUGAUAACCUCACCAUUGAUGACCACCUCAGAGGAAACAACUGUGGGAGGAGAGGGGAGCCCACCAGCUUCAUCGCCCACCAGUGCCAGUCCACAUUCCACAGGAGGCAGCGUGCGGCUGGUCGGCGGCAGGAACAGCUGCGAGGGCCGCGUGGAGCUGUACGACGGCAGCUCCUGGGGGACGGUGUGUGACGACCAGUGGGACCUGCAGGAUGCCCAGGUGGUGUGCCGGCAGCUGGGCUGUGGCCGGCCCGUGGCUGCGCUGGACACUGCACACUUUGGCCUGGGCUCCGGCCGCAUCUUCCUGGACGACGUGCAGUGCCGCGGGGACGAGCCCUCCCUCCAGAUGUGCCAGCACAACGGCUGGGGCAUGCACAACUGCAGGCACGUGGAGGAUGCCAGCGUCAUCUGUGCAGCUGCCGACUCAACCCCUCCUGCUCAAUGGCCAUACACAACAGGAAGCAGCGUGCGGCUGGUGGGCGGCAGGAACGGCUGCGAGGGCCGCGUGGAGCUGUACGACGGCAGCUCCUGGGGGACGGUGUGUGACGACCAGUGGGACCUGCAGGAUGCCCAGGUGGUGUGCCAGCAGCUGGGCUGUGGCCAGCCCAUGGACGCCCCACAAAACGCUCACUUUGGCCUGGGCUCCGGCCGCAUCUUCCUGGACAACGUGCAGUGCCGCGGGGACGAGCCCUCCCUCCAGAUGUGCCGGCACAACGGCUGGGGCAGGCACAACUGCAGGCACGUGGAGGAUGCCAGCGUCAUCUGUGCAGCCGCCAAUCCAACCACUCCUACUCCAUGGCCACUCACAUCAGGAGGCAGCGUGCGGCUGGUGGGCGGCAGGAACAGCUGUGAAGGCCGUGUGGAGCUGUACGACGGCAGCUCCUGGGGGACGGUGUGUGAUGACCAGUGGGACCUGCAGGAUGCCCAGGUGGUGUGCCGGCAGCUGGGCUGUGGCCGGCCCGUAGACGCCCCAAGAAAUGCUCGCUUUGGCCUGGGCUCCGGCCGCAUCUUCCUGGACGACGUGCAGUGCCGCGGGGACGAGCCCUCCCUCCAGAUGUGCCAGCACAACGGCUGGGGCGUGCACAACUGUGGGCACAUGGAGGAUGCCAGCGUCAUCUGUGCAG